CGAGUCUGUAGGCAACAGAAAGAAAAAAGAGGAUUGGCUUCUUCACGUGCCCGAUUCAUGCUGCUCCUAAUCUUCUGAUCGAAUCGGAGUUGUCUUUGAAUUCACGCAUUCUGAGAUCCAUCGCAGGCUUGCUUGAUUGAUCAGGCUCGACGAUCGGAGCCGGUGAUGGAAAAGGACAUGAAGGGGCAAGAGCUGAAGCCAUGGCGGACGGAGAAGCCGACCAUCUUCCGAGUGCCGGAGGUCAUCCGCCGGGCCGACAGCGAGGCCUACGAGCCGAGCAUCAUCUCCUUCGGUCCUUACCACCGCGGCAAGCCCCACCUGCGCGCUAUGGACAAGCUCAAGCCGCAGUACCUUCAGAGGUUCGUGGCCCGGACGAGGCCGAGGAAGACCUUGGAGGAGUGCCGGAGCUACGUCAGGACGGUGGAGCGCCGCGUGCGCAGCGCCUACUCGGAGACCCUAGCCAUGGACUCCGACGAGUUCGUCGACAUGAUGCUGCACGACGGCUGCUUCGUGGUGGAGUUGUUCCUCUGUCUCACCGAGAGGCAGGAGGGAAGAGGAGAGGAGAUGGACGACGGAGAAGAACACGACCCGAUCUUUAGCUCGGCGUGGGCGGAGUAUUACGUGAGGCUCGACAUGCUGCUGCUGGAGAACCAGCUUCCCCUGUUUCUGAUCAGGGAUUUGCUCGGUUUCGUUGACUCUGAGAAAGCGGCGAAUUCCCUGAAGCCGCUUGCGCUCAAAUUCUUCGGCGCCGACUUCCUCCCGGGAAGGACUAAGAAGCUUCCGGAGAAAUUGGAAGUGCCGGAGACGCUUAGGAGAUCGCAUCACAUCCUUCAUCUCUUGCACGCCUGCAUACAGCAAGUUCCUGACGCCAUUGACCCAGACAAAAGCUCCCACUGCGAGGAUGAUGUAACUAGGGGAGGAGCUUCAGCUGAAGGCUUCCUCAGCAGCUCGGUGCGUUACUCUCUGCUGGCGACGUCUUUCGGGAACAAGCCCGAGAAGAAGGUCGCCGACGAUUCCGUCUUCACGCCGCUUACCCCGGCGACGGUCCUCUGUGCCCGCGAUCUCAAGAACGCCGGCGUGCAGAUCGUCAGGAAGAUGGACACCGACAGCUUCCUCGACGUCACCUUCGCCAACGGGCGGCUGGAGAUCCCUCGGAUCCGAGCCUACAACGUGUCGAACACCAUCCUGCGGAACCUGAUCGCGUUCGAGCAGCUGUACCCGGAGCGCGGCACCCACGUCACCGACUUCGCCUACCUGAUGAGCUGCCUGAUCGACACGCAGGAGGACGUGGCGCUGCUGCGGGAGGCGGACAUCCUGGUGAGCGCCAUGGGGAGCAACAAGGACGUGGCGAAUCUGUUCAACAGGUUGUGCAAGAAAGUGGUGGUGCAGCCGACGAAGGGGCACCUCCGGGGCGUGUUCGAGGACAUGCCCAAGCACUGCGAGAAGAAGUACAACAAGUGGCGGGCGACGCUGAACAACACCUACUUCGGCAACCCGUGGGCGGUGAUCUCGAUCGUCGCCGCCAUUUUGCUCUUCGUUCUCACAAUCGUGCAGACGGUCUACUCCGUCCUCAGUUACUAUCAGCCACCGUAGAAUUUGGCUAUCGAUCAGGCUUGAAUUCAUCUCCGAUUAAACUUCAAAAUUUCUUUUCUUUUAUUUUUACAAGAACGAGAUUGUCCAAAUAGUAAUAAGUUUGUAAAUUAAGUUUGGAGAUUCUUCCUGGUGCUAAGGAUAUGAAAGAUGAUUCAAGUUUCAA